GUUUGCGUAAGGUUUUACCGUUCAAGCCUCAACCCUACUGUAGCUUGAGCCACAAGAUCCUGACCAUUUUGCGCUGUCACUGACCACAACCUCUUGACCACAACACCACAACGACAAACCAUCCACCAUCAUCACUAUCACUAGCACUACCAUCGACCAUCAUGACAACAACACCAGUAUCCAACAGUAUUCCACCGCAAAUGAGAGCUCGAGCACUGAGUUUGUAUCGACAGCUGCUGCGAGGAGCGGAAAAAAUGCCGACACCCAAUCGACGCAACUUUGUGGUUCAAAAGACAAGAUCCGAAUUUAGAGCCAACCAACACUUGACCGAUUUCAAAAAGAUUGAAGCCUGCUUCAAACUCGCCGAUACCAACAUUGAUACCGUACUCGUGCAGGCCGAACAUCUCACCCAAUUGAUGAAGGAUCCACAUUACAAGGUCGAUAUUUAAUAAUAAUAAUACAAUAUAAACAUGAUAUAGCGAAGCACAGAAAGAGAAUGGCAGCAAUUUACACGUACGUACCGGUAGUCCACAAGAUGCCAUCAAGACAUUGCCACAAAUGAUUCCCAAAAAGAGAGCAGCCAAGCCAUGUGUCGGAGGUGUCAUUUUAGACGUUUCGAAGAUGGAUGUAGAUAUGCAGAUACAUCUUGUCAUUAUUGCCAGGGGCAGAAAUGUAUGUAACAAUAAAUAGUGUGUGAACGAGAUGGCUACAUUGGCUGGCAAACAACUUACCUGAUUGUGCCACAUUUGUUUCCCCUAAUCGAACAUGGUGGAUAUAGCAUCAUGUACCGCCGUAGU